AUGCGGUUUUCUACAACACACUAUGGAAAACUUGUGCCCAGCCAUCGGUGCACAAUGCAGAAAUGUAGUGGAAGAAAUCAUUAUGCAAGAAUGUGUAACAGGCCUCCUGUUUUUAAGAAAAUGCGUUAUGUUAGAGAUAAAGAAAGAUACGCUAAUAGAAAUUUUCCCGAAAGAAAUAGCCAAAACAAUUAUCGACAAAACUAUCGAACAAUGAAUAGAUAUCAGCCUUACGAUAGUUUUCAGAGAGGCGAUAACUCAUAUGAUCAGUGA